AUGGACCACUUCCAUAUUCCGUCCGGGGCAAUGCAUAUUCGAGUCCGGUACUCUGGAAAGAAGCCAUAUGAUCGGGGCCCCUUCCACACAUACCCAGACCGAACAGGAUGGAAGAAAGAGGAGCUCCUCGUAGAAAACGGCUUUCGCAGUCGUAACAAGAGCGAUGCUGAAGCUUUUUUCCAGACGUGGCUCUACUUUGGCACACUGAUUACUGUUUUUAGGAUAGGGAGAGUUGAAAUCCAGGAGACAGAUUUUCUGGAAAUGGACGACGGUCAAACUUACUUAACGACCAAGCAUCUCGAUGCCAGCGUUGCCGCCUGGAAGCGUACGUGGGCCGGUCGGAACACUCCAUCCAGCUGCAACUGUGCAUGGGCUGAUACACAGUCCAUUCUCGAUGAGGUCAAAAAACAUAUCGACUCGUUUGGGGCGAUUCCUUGCCCGACAUUCGACGAGCCGUCGUUCGGCUACAACAGACCCCGAGUUCCAUCGCCGGUUUCAAGGGAGACUUUGACGGCCAUUGUUGCGCUCGCCUACACUCUGAGUGAAGUGGCAAUAAAAAUUUACAAGCCUGAUUGGAAUCGCUUUGAUCAGUAUAUCAAUUAUACGACGGACCUGGUGAAAGAUCGGGUGGAGGCCAAUGGCUGGUGUCAGUUGGACAUGAGAAGAAUGUUUACACAACUCGGGAUGGAUGGUCACUACUAUUUUGCGCUGCUCGAAAGCCCACACGAGAAACACGAGCACAAAAAUUGUUCGGAAACCCACUGUGUGGCCGCUAAUACCGUUGACGAAACUGCUUAUCGUCCCAGACAUGUCUCGACAUGCAACGGACGUGAUGAGAUCAAUGCUGCGGAAGCGAUGAAUAUCACCAAGCAAGUGGUGGCGAUCAUAGAGCGACAUGGAAUUCCUGUCAUAUCCUGGCAAAAAAAGAAAUCCGAGACCAGGUUCAAACUGGUGAUACAGGAUGCCGUCUCCAGAAAGAUGAAAUAUGUAGCUAUCUCCCAUGUAUGGGCAGACGGACUGGGAAAUCCCCAUGCAAACUCCCUUCCCGAAUGCCAAUUGGGCCGCAUCCAAAGCGCGGUAAAUAUGCUACCAGGCCAGUCCGGCACGCAGCCGAGAUGGUUCUGGAUAGAUACAAUUUGUAUACCACUUGGCGCAGAAAACAAGCUCUAUCGCAAAAUGGCCAUCGCUCAGAUGGCUAAAAUCUACCGGUCCUCGGUAUCAGUAUUAGUUCUAGACGCCUGGUUGCAGGAAACUUCUGUCCACAGCAACAUCCCAGACAAAGUGGCUAAGCUCUAUGUGUCUAAUUGGCUUCACCGUCUUUGGACAGUCCAAGAAUCAGUCCUUGGAAACAAGCUCUACAUCCAGUUCAGCAACGGUGCACAACUAAUGGACGACAUUAAGGUGCCGUGCGAAUCAUACGGCGAGGGGGAGAAGAUGCCGAAAUCUUGGGCCACAUAUACUCGGUUCCCGGAGCAGAUGGAAGAGGCGGCUCUCAGCUAUAUCGGAGUAAUGCAAUUUGUUCUGCGAGAGCGAGGGAAUCGCCAAUCCAAACUUCCGGCAGCACGCUGCUUGGAUAUCGCUCACUUAUCACGCGCGUUCGGGCAACGCGCGACAAGCAGGAAAGAAGACGAGACAAUCUGUGCAUCUACUCUUUUACGGUUGAACACCGAGACCUUUCUAGGCAUCGAAGGCAAUGACGAGGACGAGACAGCAGAAAAGCGCAUGGAAGAAUUCUGGAAGCAAAUGAGGGGCGUGUCGAAAGGAAUCAUCUUCCAUCACAGCUCGCGAUUGAGACGAAAGGGUUUCCGUUGGGCACCACUCACUUUGAUGGAAGGCCGACCUGGUGAUUUCUGGAGAGAUUUGAACAUCGCAGUAUCGCAGUUCGACGGCUAUGGCCUCAGAGUUAAUUAUUCCGGCAUCAUAUUCGACAGAGCCAUUCCACCCCCUGACAAGACCCUUGCCAUCCAGCUAGACGACCGCUCGUCAACCUCUUAUUCUCUGGAACUCUUUCCUGAUGGGAUUGGAUAUCCAGAAUGGCAUGCACCCGCGCAAUGUGCGGUUAUCAUGUUCCGACCUAUAUCUCCUGGUUUCGACAAAACGGAUGCGAUCCUGGGAAUCGUCGAAGACGGAAGCCCCAGAGAAAAAAUAUCUCUACUCUUCCAGGCGCGUGGAGUAAUUAAAUCGUGUCAGCAGAGCGGGAGGAAGGAUGUUCAAGAACCCGCUUUUUUCCUGGACGAAAAACAGGAAUGGCUUGUCCUUUGA